CUUCACUUCAUUUGAAACUCCUCUACUCCACAUGAGCAGCGCAAGGGGGAAUAUGAAUUUUCUAAUGCAAAAGAUCAUUUUUGAACUAUGGAGGUGUUGCAGUGUGAUGGCUGUGAUUUCCAAGCUCAAUCCUAUGAAGACCUAAAAGCUCACAUUCAAGAUGUUCAUACUGCUUUUCUGCAACCAGCAGAUGUAUCUGAGGAAAACCCUAGUCAGCCAAGGUCUGCCUCCAUGACUGCUAACAACCAGAUUGAGACUGAAUUUUCUUCUGUAAAAGAUGAAUUUACAAUUGCAGAUGAAAUAGCAGGGCAAAAUACAACAACUCAGAUGGAGACUGGAAGUUAUUACAGCCAGAGGCAAAGUUUUUAUGGUCAACAUACAGCUCCAAAUACUAAACCAAUCAAUAAGUUUUUCCAGUGCAAAUUCUGUGUCCGUUACUUCCGAUCUAAAAACCUCCUCACAGAGCACACUCACAAGGUUCAUGGAGCACAAGUUGGGGGGAUCUCAGUGGGGUCACACACUGCUGGAUCCUUAAAUUACAACAUCAUGAUGCAUGAGGGGUUUGGCAAAGUUUUCUCUUGCCAGUUCUGCACCUACAAAUCUCCAAGGCGUGCAAGGAUUAUUAAGCACCAGAAAAUGUAUCACAAAAAUAAUCUGAAGGAGAGUUUAUCUCCUAUGGCUACCUCUGAAUUGACAUCUGCCUCUGCGCCAGUGCAGGAACCCUGCACGGAAUUGCCUGCAGAUGUGGUAGAACGAAGCAUUUUGGAGUCCAUGCUCAAGCCUCUAACAAAGUCCAGAGGCAACUUUUGCUGUGAAUGGUGCAGUUACCAGACACCUCGAAGGGAGCGCUGGUGUGACCAUAUGAUGAAGAGGCACCGCAGCAUGGUUAAAAUACUGUCAAGUUUGAGCCAGGAACAAGAUGGAACCUGUAUACCUGAUGUUCAGAGUAAGAGUGCCCAGAAUGCCUCCCCAAACUCUAAUUGUGUCUUAUUUAAUAUGACAGGACAUGAUAUGUUGAAUGCUGAUGUCUCAGACUUCAGCUCUGUGGGCCAUUCCAACUCUUCUAUGUCCUCCAAGUUUUCUCCUGUGUCUUAUCCUCAAAUGAAGUCCAAAUUACCUCACAACUCAGGCAUAGUUAGUUCGUCUGACAGAUCCCACUAUAGAGUUGCUGACUUGGAAACAAACAGUAUGCUAAAUGACUCCAUCUCAGAUGAAGGGCUAAAUGAAUUGGACAGUGAGAAUGGCUUGAACUCUGUGGAUCACCAGACUUCGGAAAUAUUUGCAGAGCUGAUGGGUUCUGAUGGUAACAAGCUGUUGGAAACGAAAGGGAUUCCCUUUAAAAGAUACAUGAACAGGUUCCAAUGUCCUUUCUGCCCUUUCCUCACAAUGCACCGCCGAAGCAUUUCCCGCCACAUUGAGAAUAUCCACCUAUCUGGGAAGACAGCUGUGUACAAAUGCAAUGAAUGCCCUUUUACCUAUAAGAGUUUGUUAAAGCUUGGAGCUCAUAGGCAAUGUCAUACAGGUACAACAUCAGACUGUGACACUGUGAAUUCUCAGAGUGAAAACAUUUUCUCCUCUUUUAAUGACAACACAGUUUCUCAUGAAAGUGGAAAUAUAAACGGAAGGAAGUCAUCUGGAAUGACAGAAACUGUGAAACAGCAACAGCAGCAGUUGUGUCAACCCCAUCCACAGCAUCCUUAUAAGUGCACAAUGUGUAACUAUUCUACCACUACUUUGAAAGGCCUCAGAGUUCAUCAGCAGCACAAGCACUCAUUUUGUGACAACAUACCAAAAUAUGAUGGACUGCCAUCCAACACGUCACAAGAGAGCGAGGCAGAUGCUCUCACCUCUAUAAGAACAGUGAAGAAAAGCCAGACCUCAAUUCUUGGUCUCUUGUCUAAAAAUAACUUUGUUGCUAAGGUUGCUCAGGUGUCAAAUGACUGCCCUUUGGAUCUCUCACCAGUGAAGAAAAGAGCUAGAAUUGAUGAAAUAGCAAGCAACCUGCAGAGCAAAAUAAACCAAAACAAACAACAAGAAGGUGUUGUGAUUAAUGCAGAGGAUGAAGAAGAAGACAAUGAGGUGGAGAUAGAAGUGGAGUUAGACAAAGAACAAACAGAACCAAUGGUAGAAGUUUCUAGUUCUUAUGCACCCCAGCAAACGUGGGGGAGAGAGACUAAUGAUUCCCAGGAUGCAAACUUCAGAAACAUUCACCAUUAUUGUAAUUCCACCAAUGAAGCAGAGAUUGAGCUUACUUUAUCUGAAGAUGAGGAAGAUUAUUUUUCUUCCAUUAACAUGAAAGACCAACAGAGCCCUAAUGCCUCUGUUGUGGGAACCCAUCCAAAUAUGUAUGGCCCUGAUCAGAACAAUGAAAGUGUGGUGAUUAAUGACUCUGGCAGGCUUUACUUUUGUAAACACUGUGAUUUUAACAACAAAUCUGCCAGGAGUGUUAGCACCCACUACCAACGGAUGCACCCCUACAUAAAAUUCAGCUUUAGGUAUAUUUUGGAUCCAAAUGAUCACAGUGCUGUAUACAGAUGCCUUGAGUGUUAUAUUGACUAUAAGAACUUUGAAGACCUGCAGCAACACUAUGGAGAGCAUCACCCUGAAGCUAUGAAUGCAUUGAACUUUGAUCAGUCUGAUCUGAUCUACCGGUGUCGCUUCUGUUCUUACACUAGCCCAAAUGUUAGAAGCCUGAUGCCACAUUACCAAAGAAUGCAUCCAACAGUGAAAAUUAACAAUGCAAUGAUAUUUUCAAGCUAUGUUGUUGAGCAGCAAGAGGGGCUAAACACAGAGUCUCAGACACUGAGAGAGAUCUUGAAUUCUGCUCCAAAAACUAUGGCAGCCUCCACCCCCACGGUUCAUGGGACUAGUGUGCCAGCAAGUUUUAACAAAAGUGCCACAAAGAGUUUUAGUCCUGAAUGUGAAAAUCAGAAGGCAACUUUGAUCAGUUCUGUGGUUGUUUAUGACUGUGAUGUGUGCUCAUUUGCAAGCCCUAAUGUGCAUUCAGUUCUGGCGCAUUACCAGAAAAAACACCCAGAAGAAAAAGCAUCAUAUUUCAGAAUUCAGAAGACCAUGCAUAUAGCUUCUGUUGACAGGGUCUCUGCCCUGACUCACAUGUCUUUGGAUAUGGGGGCAUCUGUCUCAAAACUGUCAAACUUGGCUUCUCAACCUCCACCUCCCUCACCACUGCCCCCAGACCUUGCUCCUGAACUCUACUAUUGCAAACACUGUUCAUACAGCAACCGUUCAGUUGUAGGAGUGCUUGUCCACUAUCAGAAAAGGCAUCCAGAAAUAAAGGUCACUGCCAAGUACAUCAGGCAGGCACACCCUACAGAAGCAAUGAUUAAGGCUGGUGCACUGCCAACUAGGAUUCAGAAACUGCCAGUGUCAGUGCAGCAGUUGAGCCAGGACAGUUCCAGGAGCUCUGUGAAUCCCCUUGAGAAUGAAAUGUUCUUCUGCCAGCACUGCGAUUAUGGAAACCGGACAGUGAAAGGUGUGCUCAUCCAUUAUCAAAAGAAACAUCGUGAUUUCAAAGCCAACGCAGAUGUGAUUAGGCAGCAUACAGCCACCAUUAGAAGCCUAUGUGAUCAUCACCAAAAGAAAUUAACCAGCAGCAUUCCUGCUCACACCUCCAGCACUGAACAGGACAAGACAAAGCUGAGAGCCCUCAAAUGCAGACAGUGUAGCUAUACAUCACCUUACUUCUAUGCAUUGAGGAAGCAUAUUAAGAAAGAUCAUCCAAAUCUGAAGGCCACAGUCACGUCCAUUAUGAGAUGGGCAUUUUUGGAUGGCUUGAUAGAAGCUGGUUAUCACUGUGAAUGGUGCAUUUAUUCACAUACAGAACCAAAUGGUUUGCUUGUGCAUUACCAAAGGAGACAUCCUGAACAUUAUGUUGACUAUACAUAUAUGGCAACUAAACUGUGGGUAGGUUCAGAUCCUUCCCCUCCUACCCUAGUGAUGCCAACAGAGGCAAAGACCUAUAAAUGCAGAGACUGCAUUUUUGAAGCAUUUUCCAUUUGGGAUAUUACUAAUCACUACCAGGCUUUUCACCCUUGGGCUAUGAAUGGGGAUGAAUCUGUAUUUUUAGAUAUCAUUAAGAAUAAAGAUGCUGCUGAGAAAAUCAGCACACAGCUUGAUGAACUUAGGGCCAGGAUUAAUUCUGAAAACCAGGUAACAUCACAAAUGGACCAGGAUGUGGAGGAUCAUAGCCUUUCCCAGGAAAAAAUUAUUCAGCUGACUUCUGCAAACCCUGCCAUCUCCUCCACUCCAUAUCAGUGUACAGUUUGCCAGUCUGAGUACAAUAACUUGCAUGGCCUCCUGACACAUUAUGGCAAAAAACAUCCUGGCAUGAAAGUGAAAGCUUCUGACUUUGCACAGGACAUAAACAUUAACACAGGGGUUGUGUACAAGUGCAGACAUUGCCCAUACAUUAACACACGCAUUCAUGGUGUCCUCACACAUUAUCAGAAACGGCAUCCAUCAGUGAAGGUUACUGCUGAAGACUUUGUUCAUGAUGUGGAACAGUCGAAUGACAAAACCCAGAAUAACAUAGAAGAGACCAGUAGGAUUUUUAAGCAAGGCUAUGGUGCAUACCAGUGCAAAAUAUGUCCUUAUACCCAUGGCACACUGGAAAAGCUCAAAAUUCACUAUGAUAAAUUCCAUAAUCAACCUGAAUUUGAUGUUUUUGCUCAGUCAUCACCAAAGGUGUCUGCCUCAAUGGAGCCAGACGUGGUAACUGAAAUCAAGGUCUCCACAGAAACUGCUGCUGAUGGUGUUGGAGAAGCCUCUAUUUCAACACCUCAUUUCUCCAGUUCUCAAUUAGUGUCUCGUACAGUGUUCCGGUGCCAGCUCUGCAAAUACUUCUGUUCUACCCGUAAGGGGAUAGCCAGGCACUACCGCAUCAAACAUAACAACAUUCGGGCACAACCAGAAGGCAAGAACAACCUCUUCAAAUGUGCUUUGUGUUCCUACACCAACCCUAUCCGCAAAGGGCUUGCAGCACACUACCAGAAAAGGCAUGACAUCGAUGCUUACUACACUCAUUGUUUAGCAGCCUCCAGGACAGUAAGAGACAAACCCAAUAAAGUGAUCAUUCCAUCUCCCCCCAAAGACAACACUCCUCAGUUAAGUGAGGAGUUGAAGAGGGCUGUGGAAAAGAAGAAAUGCUCACUUUGUUCCUUUCAGUCUUUUAGCAAAAAAGGUAUUGUUUCCCACUACAUAAAGUGUCACCCUGGUGUUUUCCCUAAGCAGCAGCAUGUGAGCAAGCUGGGGGAUUACUUCACUGCCAUGUAUGCUGAUGAACUUGAAAAGUCAACUCCAGAUAAGGAAAGGAAUGACUUUGAAAAGCCUGAGGUGGAGGGUGAGGCUCAGGAAAUAGAGUGGCUUUCCUUCAGAUGCAUAAAAUGUUUCAAACUAUCCUUCAGCACAGCAGAGCUUCUGUGCAAGCAUUACACUAACCACCACAGCAAGGAUUUGAAGAGAGACUUUACCAUACUGGAAAGUGGCACCUGCUCUCAUAACGCUGUCUACCAGUGCAAGCACUGUGAUACUAAAUUGCAUAGCAUGGCAGAGCUGACCUCACACUUGAAUAGGCACACUGAGGAAUUCCAGAAGCGUGCCAAACAUCAGGAGAGGAGGGAACAGAUUUUGAGCAAGCAGAAAUAUGCAGAUGGUGCUUUUACAGAUUUCAAACAAGAGAGGGCUUUUGGACACUUGGAAGAUGCUUCAAAACUUAAGGAGAGGAAAGUAGUUGGCUACAAAUGUAAAUUUUGUGUGGAAGUUCAUCCAACGCUCCGAGCCAUCUGUAAUCAUCUCCGUAAGCAUGUCCAGUAUCGGAAUGUUUCUUCUGUGUCAACUACAGUAAAGCAGGAAGUUGAAGAUUCUUCAAGCGCAACUUUGGAGGGUUUUGAGGGAGACAAAGACCCUGGCGCUGUGGAAUUUACAGAAGCUGAAUCUGGAGCGUAUCUGGAAGAUGAAACCAGGCCUGGGGGAUACCACUGCAGCCAGUGUGACCGGAUUUUGAUGUCUAUGCAGGGUCUGCGAUCUCAUGAGAGGGGUCACUUGUCUCUGGCCAUGUUUACCCGGGAAGACAAGUACAACUGCCAGUACUGUCCCUUUGUCUCCGCUUUCAGGCACAAUCUGGAUCGUCAUAUGCAGACUCAUCAUGGACACCAUAAGCCAUUCUGUUGCAAGCUCUGUUCAUUCAAGUCCUCUUACAAUAGCCGCUUGAAAACCCAUAUACUCAAAGCUCAUGCUGUUCUGUUUGCUUUCCCUCUCUGGGUCACGUUCUCCCUGUACCUCAUGUGUGGCUGUGUCCACAUCCGUCUUAUGCUGAGGACUACAGAGCUGGACGUAGUAUUCCAGGUGGGGUCUCACGAGAGCAGAAUAGAGGGGCAGAACCCCCUGCUUCGACCUGCUGUCUAUGCUUCUAUUGAUGCAGGGACACCACUCAUUGCUGAUCUCCAUACGGACAUUGAGCUGUUGACCACUACCUUCUGGAUGCGACCAUCCAGCCAAUUCCUUAGCCACCAAGCAGUCUACCCAUCAAAUCCAUAUCUCUACAAUUUAGAGAGAAGGAUGUUUCUUCACAAGAGCGACUCCGACGUGGUCGGCUAUUUGGCUCUCCACAAGAGUGACUCCAACGUGGUCGGCUAUUUGGCUCUCUGCAAGAGCGACUCCAGCGUGGAUUUGACUCUCCCUGAGAGCGGUGGCUGGAGGAAAGGCCGGUGGCACUAA